AUGGAUCCACCUUCCAACAAAUCAAGGCUGCCAUUCGCAAAUGUUAGCAAUAAUGUUAACCAUUCUUCGCAAAGAUCUCUAAACGUCGAUGUUCCGGAAGAGUUGCAUAGAAAUUCUUACUCCGUUUGCAACGAUGAUUCAUUUUUUAUGUUUCGAAAAACCUAUCGCAAACCAUUUUUCGUUGGCACAGAUCCCUUCGCCAUGCUGUCGGACGAGGUUUUACUACAGAUAUUCAAAUGGCUACCGAAGAAAACGCUACUUACAUGCGGUGAGGUGAACCAUCGAUUCAAUCGGGUAACGAAAGAUGAAACCCUUUGGUAUCGACUGGACCUAAGCAACCGGCGGAUUAAAGUGAGCGGAUUGUCCGAAGUGCUCAGUCGCAAUGCGGUCGUACUGCGGAUGGCGCAAACAUCCGUCUUGGAUCCGCCAGUCUACAUCUGCCCAGACAUUCCGCAACAGGUGAAGUUGCAGUAUUUAGAUCUCAGUAUGUGCCAAAUCAGCAAGUCUUUGCUGCGGGCCCUCCUGGCAGCUUGUCGUGGUCUGUUAAAGCUCAGCUUAGAGAACGUACCGCUAGAUGGAGCAAUCUGUGAAGAGAUUGCAGAAAACCGGAACCUAGAUACUCUUAACCUCACCAUGUGCCUCGGCAUCGACGCUACGGGCAUGCGGACGAUUGCUAAAAGCCUAACAAAAUUGCACAGUCUAAACGUGGCUUGGACUUAUCUAAGCCAACAGGCAGUUAAAGAGUUGUUUGCUAACAUCUCUCCACACAUAUUGCAUCUGAAUAUUGCUGGAUGUCGAACAACGUUGAGUGACGAUGCGUUAGCAAGCUUAAUGAAACGAUGUCCAAGAAUGCUCUCACUUGAUCUCUCCGACUGUUCGCUACUAUCAUCCGAAGCGAUACAGAUACUUUGCAAGUCACGUAAACUGGAGUAUUUAUCGCUUUCUCGGUGUUACAACAUUAAUAUUACGUCCUACCUGCUCCUCGCUCAGCUAAAGACGCUCAGGUACUUGGAUCUGUUUGGCUUACUGUCUGUAAAUGCCAUCGACACGCUGAAGAAAUCAUUGGGAGAUGUCGGAAUCAACAAGUACUAUCACAGUUCCGUCGCACGACCCACGGUCGGCUCCAAACGGACGUCCAUUUGGGGGAUAAGAACGCGAGAGUAGCUUGCGUAGUGAAUCUAAAAACAAAGAACACAUUGUAUUUGUAUUUAUAUGACCGAAAACUAAAAAAAUGCUCAAUGAAUGUAUGGUUAAAUACACAA